GUUUUGGACAAAUUUAUGCUUUUUGUUAUUACAUUUUACAUCUUCGUUCGACCUUUGGUUGGGUCAACAAUUCUGAGUUCAUAGUUGCAAACAAGAAUCAUAUAACAAAAUUCUCUUUCUAACUAUUUCAAUUCUCCAUUUUUCUUUACCAAAGCAUUUUCCAGAUUCCACUUCUCCAGAUCUCAACCCUAACCCACUUCCUUUUCUCCUUCUUGUUAAUCUCAUACUUUUUUCUCACUUUGGUACACGAUCCGCUUUGAUCAGACAUGCCGGUGGCUGCAUCGGCCAUUUACUUCCUCAAUCUCCGUGGGGAUGUUCUCAUCAAUCGUCUCUACCGUGACGAUGUCGGGGGAAACAUGGUGGAUGCCUUCCGAACGCAUAUAAUGCAGACAAAAGAACUUGGUACAUGUCCUGUGCGGCAGAUUGGUGGUUGUUCUUUCUUUUACAUGCGAAUUAGCAAUGUAUACAUUGUGAUUGUUGUAAGCAGCAAUGCAAAUGUAGCUUGUGCAUUCAAGUUCGUGGUUGAGGCUGUUGCACUGUUCAAAUCUUAUUUUGGUGGGGCUUUUGAUGAAGAUGCAAUUCGAAACAAUUUUGUUCUUAUUUACGAGCUCUUGGAUGAAAUUAUGGAUUUUGGUUACCCACAAAACCUGUCUCCUGAGAUUCUAAAACUAUAUAUCACUCAGGAAGGAGUUCGCUCGCCAUUCUCAUCCAAGCCUUCAGAUAAACCUGUCCCAAAUGCAACUUUACAAGUUACAGGUGCUGUUGGUUGGCGAAGGGAAGGCCUUGUAUAUAAAAAGAAUGAGGUCUUUUUGGAUAUUGUUGAAAGUGUAAACCUUCUCAUGUCUUCAAAAGGUAGUGUUCUGCGUUGCGAUGUAACUGGGAAGAUUCUUAUGAAGUGCUUUCUUUCUGGAAUGCCUGAUUUGAAGUUGGGUUUAAAUGAUAAGAUUGGCCUUGAGAAAGAGUCCCAGUUGAAGUCCCGUCCAGCAAAGAGUGGUAAAACAAUUGAGCUUGAUGAUGUUACUUUUCACCAAUGUGUAAAUUUGACGAGGUUCAACUCAGAGAAGACAGUCAGCUUUGUGCCACCCGAUGGGGAAUUUGAAUUGAUGAAAUAUCGUAUUACUGAGGGUGUUAAUCUUCCAUUUCGAGUACUCCCGACAAUUAAGGAGCUUGGUAGGACACAUAUGGAAGUUAAUGUCAAGGUGAAGAGUGUCUUUGGUGCAAAAAUGUUUGCUCUUGGUGUGGUCAUUAAAAUUCCUGUUCCCAAACAGACAGCUAAAACUAGUUUUCAAGUGACAUCGGGUCGAGCCAAGUACAACGCAUCAAUCGAUUGCAUUGUGUGGAAGAUCAGAAAAUUUCCUGGACAAACUGAACCAACCAUGAGUGCAGAAGUUGAGCUGAUUUCUACAAUGACCGAAAGGAAGCCUUGGACACGCCCACCAAUUCAGAUGGAGUUUCAGGUUCCCAUGUUCACAGCAUCUGGUUUACGGGUUCGUUUCCUCAAGGUGUGGGAGAAGAGUGGUUACAACACAGUUGAAUGGGUUCGUUACAUAACUAAAGCUGGAUCAUACGAGAUUCGGUGUUAGAACUACAAACAUCUAGCACAAACAUGUAGAGAAAGGGGUAAAAAAAAAAUUGAUUGGACAGAAAGAGAUCGUGCACAGCUUUCUUGUCAACACCGUUGAGGGUAUAUAAGAGAAGCUUCAUGAAGAGACUGGUGUUUUUGGAUGGAUCAUUUGAGCAUUAUAGUUUGCUUUUGUUUUAUUGUUCUUCACCUUUGAGCAUAGCUUCUAAUGUUUAUACUGUUAGCAUAUGUAAACCAAACUUCUAUAUUCUUUCCUCCCUCUUUUUUGCUUAUUUUUUGGGCAUAACAAAAACGAAGUUGUUUCUUCUGGCUGCCUGUUGCUUUCUGUUGUAAUCAAGGCUUUGUAGUGAAAUUUUCCGUUCUUUGAUGAA